UCUAUUAUUGUUUUUUUUCUCAAAUAAAUGGUCUCUUAAAGGAGGUAUUAAACGCUCUCAGGCAUAGUUGCAUGUUUACUAAAGCACGGGCCCAAGUCGAUGUAUCAUAGAAUUGCGCCCUCUUGUGUUUCAGUUUAUACUUGCCAUCUAAUUACAACAAAAAGCUAACUAUUCAUUUACAAUAAGUUCAUAUUUUCCAAAAACAAUAUUUGCCGUUUUGCCAUCAUGACCAACAUGUCCUCUUAUUAUGCACGAUACAUUAUGAUGAUAAACAUACCACAAUUCUCUCUCUCAAGGCAAUGUUCACACCGACGUCAUAUUUAACGAGAAACAAGCGGUCCUGAUCCUGCCCGUUUAUUUCCUCCGUUGAGAUCACGUUACUCCGGCGUCUGUCCCUCACUUCCUCAUAUUUGUGCGAACACGGAGCGCAGCGUGAGUUUCUAGAGCCCCGCCUCUUUUAAUUCGAUGGACGGGGCUCUAAGCCAAUCACCUCAGACUCUCCGUCACCAUCUCAUUGAUCGACACGUCCCUCGACCAAUAGAUAUCCUCGGAGGGUUUGCCGUCAAGGUCGCGUUAAUGGCUUCCUAGUCAAGACUUACUUUGUUUAUGCCGCGGUGCGGAGCCAAGUAGCUUCGUUUCGCGUCCGUAUAAUACGUUAUCUGACGGAUCUCUUAGUUUAAGAAGAAGGCAUUGAGUCUGACCCACCGUGCCUGACAGUUUCUCGCCGACGGGACUGAGUAACAUGGCCGAAUGAGGCGAUCGUCCGUGGUGCCGUAGAAGGAUGAGCUCCCUCGCCGGUCGGGAUCUCGCAGUGUCCGCUGGUGCUGCUGUCAGCAACCCGGGAGCGGGAUCAUCCAGAGUCUUGCACGUGGAGCUCACAUCACAACAGAGGCGAUUACGGCACUUGAAGAGCAUCGCGGCCCGUAACAUCGUGAACAAGAAUGGGUCUCCUCUGCUCGACACUUACUUCACCCUUCAUCUGUCUCAGGAUGAUCGGAUAUCACGAGAUUUUUAUAAGAGUGAGAUCAUCCAAGACUCAUUGAACCCGACAUGGCGGAGUUUAGAUUUCGCCAUGCUGCCGGAUCUUUUAGACACGUCGGUGUCGUGUUUUGUUGUGAGAAUAUGGGGAGGGAGGGGAGAACACUUUCAACUGCUCAUUGAGUGGAAGGUCAACCUGGAUGGGCUCAGAUACACGGGACAACAGAUUCGCUCCAGAAACCCCAAUGAGAUCAUUUUUGGACUAAAUGAUGGCUACUAUGCAGCUGAAUUCGAUCAAAAGGAGACUUUGGACAGAAAGAACAAUAGUUUGCUCCAGGUGGACCAAAGCUCUGUCAGAAACUCCUACAGUGUUUUCUCCCUGCUGAGGCUACACACAGCCCAGAGAGCCAUUAAACAGACUCAGGUGACAGUACAGAAGAUCGGAAAAGAAAUCGAAGAGAAACUAAGGACGACAGCAUCCUGCACCGAAAAGAAGAAAGAGAGGGAAGGCAUGCAGCUGCGCAUAGGCAUCCUGAGGUGUGAGUUUGAGAGACAGAAGAAGGCCCUGGCCAAAGAGAUGGACGUGUUACAGAAAGAAAGAGCACAGCUACAGAAGAAAGAGGAGGAGUCGUCGACCAAACACCAGGGCCUGGAGUCUGAGCGCAUGUCUUUAACGGAGCUGGUGAAGGAAUGCACUGCCAAAAGAGAGAUGUUUCUCAAAUCCAACGCCCAGCUCACCUUCCGCUGUCGUCAGCUUAUAUCGGAGCUGUCCUACAUUUAUCCCAUUGAUGUGAACAAUCAGAAUGAUUAUGUUAUAUGUGGUGUGAAACUGCCCAAUUCUGAGGACUUUCAAGCGAAGGAUGAUGGGAGCGUGGCUGUGGCUCUGGGUUACACGGCACACCUGGUGAUGAUGAUAUCGUUCUUCCUGCAGGUACCUCUUAGGUACCCCAUCAUCCACAAGGGAUCUCGCUCCUCCAUCAAAGACACCAUCACCGACAAACUCACAGAGAAGGAGAGAGAGUUCCCCCUUUACCCCAGAGGAGAGCGAUUCCAGUUUGAAUACGGCGUCUACUUGCUCAACAAAAACAUUGCACAGUUGAGAUAUCAGCAUGGACUCUCCACACCGGACCUGCGUCAGACUUUGCCCAACUUGAAGAACUUUUUGGAGCAUGGACUGCUUGUGCGAUGUGAUAGGCACCACGUCUCCAUGUCUAUCCCUGUUCCUCUGAAAUCACAACUCACGGUCGAUGUCUCCACCACAUCCGAAGUGGGCUUUCCAACCCAGACCAGCUCCCCUGAAAGGAGCGUCAAGAAGCGGGCUAGUUCCGACACUGACAGACAGAAAUACAGAACACCUCCACCCAGUUACACCACAGCCACGGCUCAAGCCGCUCUCGAGGUUCCACCUGAGCUGUCCGCAGCUAUACCCAUGAGCCUGGAAACGGCAGCAACCGUGGAUGCUGAUACUGAUGGGGAAGGAGAGGUAGAGGAUGUAACCGAGGCACACCCAGAGACUUUGGAGGUACCUGUGGAGAUGCCUACAGACAUAGCAAGUUGUACCAUACCUUCUGACUGUAUCACUAGCUCCGCCCACCAGCACCCAGGGACCCUGAAUGGCUCAGCCAUGCCUAGUGAAGGUGCAGGAUUGGGUGUUGUAGGUGGGGUUGAGCUUUGCUGCUCGGUGGAGCAGGCUGAGGAGAUAAUGGGAACCGAGGCCACGGGGCUUGGGUUUGGACUGGGUUUAGGAAUGGGAUUGGGCAGAGGAGAGAGACUAGAUGAAUACCCGUGUAUUCCCGUGGAGCACGCGGUGGCGGUUGAGUGCGACGAACAGGUGCUGGGGGAGUUCGACACUGCUGGGAUCGAGGAGGUCUCGCGGCGCAUCUAUGCACUAGAGAACAUGUCUAGCUUCCGACGGCCUCGGAAGAACUCCGAAAAAUGAUUUGAAGACAGGAUGCGGACCUGGAAAAACGGAGGUUAUAGAUGACCGGUGCCCAAGUAGGACGGUGACAUUAGGCUGAGCCUGCAUAAUAUUUCACCCUGACUGCAACACGUAUAGACAUUACAUGAAGAAAUAUAUUAUUGUUAUUAAUAUUGUUAUAUUAAUUAUUAAUAUUAAUAGGAAAAAAUCUGGAAUAUUGACUUUGCACUUCUCAAAGUAUUUCUAUAAUCCUUUAAAGUGAAAUAAACAGAAUGUUGUUGUUGAAAUGAUUGGUGGGCGUCUUUCUAAUGAUACCCUUUCUCAUUUAGCACACCUGAGUCCUGCUUGCAGAAUACAAGCACGCACACUGCUUUAUUUCAGAAUAAAUAAUGGACCUUUGUGAGAUCUUGUAUUGAGUUUUGGAAUUUUCUGACACUUGUACCUCAUUGGCUAAAACAGUAAAGACAAACUACAUUAACUCCCUUAAUAAACAUGCUUUUUAAAGAAAUGUGCAUGGUUGCUUCGAAUAGUUUCCUCAGAAUUUUACUCUUAGCUUAAAAAAUGUACAUCAGUGUUCAAAAUUUUCAACACCGUGUACAUUCAUUUAUAUCAGAAAAACUAAAUAAUGUACACGUAUAAUGUCGUUAAAGAAUAAUCAUUAACUGCCAUUUUUCUAGUUUAUCUUAAUCUUAUGAUUAAUCAAAUUCGUCAAUGUCAUUUUCUCAAAAACAACUUGCUCACAGAUCUUUCAGGAAUCGUGGAAUCAGGAAUGUUCCCCAUGUUGUAUUGUGUUAUUUCUGAUAUCCUUUUUCGAAACUGCUUUUCACACUCUUGAUAACAGAUUUUCUUGCGUCAUGAAUGUAAUAAAAUAACACAGUUUUGUUAAAGAAAUGGUGAACGUUGAGAUUGAAAUCUUUUUUCCUAAAGUCUUGCUGUUGAUACAUGUGACAUUCAAGGCAGAUGCAAGAAAUUAUUUUCAUAAAUUGCUAUGACAUUG